AUAUUAUGUAUGUUGUGUUGUGUGUGCGUGGUGAUUUGUGUUAAAUGCUCUUACAAAAAUAAUUAAAUGAAGUUAUAUUAAUUCCAAAACUUACAUAAAUGUGAAGAAUUACCGAUUUGUGUUAUCAAGUGGUAGUGAAUCCGUCUGGAGGCGGUAAUCAUGUACGUUUAUUGGCUAUUUGUGGAUUCUGGAUAUCGUCUCGUCCAUGUACCAUAAACAACAAUGUCAGCGAUCCCGAUUUUUUGUUUCGUGCUACAUACCCCUUGUUGUACCUUAAUUAGAUCACUUGAAUAAUAUUAAUUAAUGUUAGACGCUUUCUCUAAAGGUGUCGUUUAAUCGAAACGGCGUGCCCAUAGCAAUAAAUCGGCCAUAAUAAACGUGCGUUUAUGUGAUCAGUGCUUCGCGCCUGUCUACACCCGAAUCAUCUCAUUGUUUAUGUAUGGAAAGUAAACCUGGAAUUUUAUAGCGUAUUGCGGCGUUAUCUUAUUUUAAUUGAAUUUCUCGCUACGUUCAGGGUCUUGUGGCUGGGAGGCUGAGUAGAUGUCUUAGUGCCGCAAGCGUCAAUCUUCAAGUUUAGUUAGUUGGUGUAGUGGUCACAAGAAUAGUAUCAUUAUUUUACUAAUUUAAUAAGAAUUACUUACAUAUGAAAGUUAUAUUCACAAGCUUUAUAAACAGUCAAGUUGGCGAAAGCACGUAGGGGUAUGAUCAAGGAGAAGGAGAAGGGAGGCAGUGCUCGCCUCAAAGACGAACCCAAUGAUCCCACAGAACCUGGGCACGGCUCCCGCCCACCGUCUGCUUCCCUGCCCACGCCGGCCGCACUGAAGAAGGAUCCCGAUGAGGCGCCCCACCGAGUGAAGCUGGAGCCCCACAGCCAGGGCAGCGCCGACGACUCCGCCCCCGAGCUCGGCGUGGAUGGCAUAAAAACUGAGAUCGACGGCCUUAUGGAUAGCGAUGGUGAUCCAACGAAGUCGCCGCAAUGCGAUCUCGGCGGUCCCGGCUCGUUGAAGUCUGAGCGGCUUUCGUCAGAUUCGAAUGAUAUAAUUGAUCCACAAACUGGACUUCGGAAUAAUGCUGGAAAUAUUCAGGAUGGAAAUCCAAACUGCAGAAAUCCAAAUGGCCCUGAGAACAUGGGUUCCUGUCGAAUGGGAGGUUCUGGGCCUAUGGGCCCCGGGGUCUCAAUGGGGCCAUUGUCCAGUGAAGCACAGACUUUGCCCUCUAAUGUUAUCAGCAAGCAGUCUGGAAGUAUGGAGCAGCAAAGCCAAAUCUUCGUGUUUUCGACACUGUUGGCCAACAAGGCAGCUGAAGCUGUUAUAUCUGGACAGAAUCAUUCGAUCAUUGCUUACCACUGUGCUCAGCCCAACACUAAGAAAUAUCUGGAGAAACAUCCAUUAAAAAUUGGCCAGUUUAAUAAACAGAAUCCCGCACAGUGGCUAAAUAACUUAGCUAUGGCAAAACGAGGCGGAAUGAGGGGUGGACCUAACAUGAUGAGUGGACCUAACCAGAUGGGCCAUAUGAUGGGUGGACCUAUGGGUCAAAUGGGUCCUAUGGGUCAUGGUGGAAUGGGGCACAUGGGACCGAACAUGAUGGGUCCUAACAGAAUGGGUGGACCUAAUCAGAUGAUGAUGAUGAAAGGUGGGCCCGGGCAAAUGGGACAAAUGGGUCCGGGAAUGGGGCCAAUGGAUGGGUUUCCAGGAGGCACCCCGUCCUGCGGUGUCAUGGACGGCCUCGGUGCUGAUGGUGAAAUGCCAUGGGACACCAAAAACUCCUCCGUAAUGUCGAAUGGGAUGUCGAAUGGACCUUCGCAGAUGCCCCCGUGUUCGGAAUCGGGCCCCUCAGACAACAACGGGGACAAUAUGUCGUGCCAACCCGGCCCAAAAGUUUCGUCCGUAGGUGUCAAAAUACCAGACGAAAACCUGACGCCGCAGCAGAGAGCUCACCGAGAAGAACAGUUGGCCACGAUACGGAAGAUGCAGCAACUACUGUUCCCGGAGAGUGGCAGCAAUCCCAACCAAAGCGGUGACGGAUCCCAGCAGAAUCAAGAUAUAAAUCCACCAAAUUCAUCUGCCAGUAUGAUGUCCUUCCCACCUAUGUCGUCACACGGACCUAUAGUAUCCGGCCCGAACGGACCAAUGGUCUCAAUGCCUAGUGGAAUGAACAGUGGACCCAGUUGUACAAUGGCCGGUCCUAUGGGACCAAACGGUCCUAUGGGGGGGCCAAUGGGCCACGGACACAUGGGCCCUAAUGGACCUAUGGGCGGGCCGAUGGGUAACAUGGGCUCGGGGAUGGGUAUGGGUCACGGAGGUAUGGGUCCUAAUGGUAUGAUAGGACCGAACGGGCCCAUGAUGCCCGGAAUGGGGCCCAACGGUCCUAUGGGCCCAAUGGGACCGUGCGGCAUGAAGGGAAUACGCGGAGCUUGUGGUGGGCCUGAUAUGAAGCCAGGGAUGUGCAGUGAUAUGCACAUGGGUAGGGCGUGCGGGGGACCUAUGGGCAGAAUGCCAAACCCGAUGGGUGGUAUGGGUGGCCCUAAAAAUUGCAUGAUGGGAGGACCUCACAUGGGACCUAGGAUGAUGCCGGGACCUAAUUUGUCUGCAAUGAAUGGUGGGAUCAUGAUGGAGAGCAUCAUGGGCGGUAUGGUGCCGCACGGAGACUGUGGUCCCGAGCACCACGCCAUGUGCGAUGACUACGGGAGACCCACUAGAAAUAUGGGGGGGAGUGAAGGCGGAGGCCCGGGAGGCCACAAGGGUUCCCUGAGAAGUCCCAAGAGCCCGUCGCACGCCGCGGACAUUGAUUGGCAGAAGUUGCAGCACCAAUUCUUCGACGACAGCAAGAACAUGGACAAUGAAUUAGGUGGUGGAAACAGCGGUCAAGUGAAAUCCCCUUGUUCGGAACGAGGCGGGUGCCUACCGCCGCCGCCCUACGGCGCUUCGCCCCUUCAUAGGUCGGCCUCUGUGCCCAUAGCGUCCCAGUCUCCGUCGCAGGCAGGCUCCUCGGAGGCCCCGCGCUCGGGCUCGGCGCUCAGCAGUCCGGCGCACUGCAAGUCACACAAGCACGAGCCGCCAGAGAUAUUAGAGAAAUUGGACGAUGGCGUGUUUGUCAGAACGCUCCAAUGUCUGGCGGCGCAACGACAGAAGAACCAAAGCAAGGAGCCCAGUUUGAUGCCCGUCCCUUCUCCGCAACAAAUAUCUUACCUCAACCAGUUCGAAGGCCAAGAGUUGACGAUACAGAAACAGCCAAAUACCUCGCUCAAGGACAGCGGGCCCCCGUCGAAUAGUGGAGGACAAACACCGCAGUCUAAUUCAAAUCAAAAGUCACCUGCCGGCAUGAUGCCUGGUACCCCUGAGGGCCACAGUUCAGUCUCCGAAGGCAGAGCGAACAGGUUCUCAAUGGAACAGAGUCCAGGCUUCACCAACCCACAGACACCCACCUCUGUCUCCAAUAAGUGUGGCCAAGACGAGAAGUCCCGACCGUCUCCGUCGCGGUCGAGUCAGGAAGGCGGCAAGACGCCGCAGCGCGAGUCCGGCCUGAGCCAGGGCCCGUACGCCAAGAGCAGCUCGCAGGACGACUCCAUGGCGGCCACCUCCGAGACGACAUUAUCAGGAGGACCCAAUAGCACGAGUUUGCCGAGCCCAUUCUCAGGCCCUUGUAGUAUGAACAGGCCUGACAACAUUCCCAUCAAUCCCAACCAAGGCCCAAAUGGACCCAUGGGCCCUGUUACGUCAUCAUUUGACCCUAUAUCGUCUCUAGCACAAAUGUCACAACAGUUAACUAAUACAGUUGGAGGAGGCCCUGGACCUACGGGUCCUAUGGGGCCCAACGGAACGGGUAUGGGGCCUUUUGGGUCGGGCCCACAUCAUAUGCAACACCAUCACUCUAUGCAUCCGCAUAGUCAUCCGCAUAUGAUGAUGAAUGACUUAGGUUGUCAUAUGGAAAGCAUUGGCGGCCCUGGCAUGGGUGGUCCCAUGGAGGGGAUGUUAGGAAGUGGAGAUUUCCCGCCUGAUAUGAAUCUUAGCCCUAAAAUGGGAGGAGGGCCCAUGGGCGGACCAAUGGGACCCAUGGGCCCAGACUCGCCUAUGCUAGGACCCAGAAUGGGCGGGGGCAAGAUGCCUCCCUUCAACGGUGCUAACGUCCAGGUGAAAGCGAGCGCGCCAAAUACAAUACAGUAUUUACCGACCAGGCCUCAAAUGCAAUGCAACACUGGACCCCGAGGUCCACCUAGUCUAGACUUCCUUCAGCGCGUCACGAAUCCCAUGCAAAUGGACGGCGGUAAAGGAGUGCAGUAUUUCCCUGGGGCGAGGGGUAUGGAAAUGGAGGGGGCCAUGAGAGGGGUGAUGCGAGCCCCUGGCCUGUUGAGGAUGCCUCAUUACCCGCCCGGUUUUAAUUCCCCACCCAAAAUGUCUGACCCGUUCUCGGGGCCUAAUAUGUGCGGUCCCGGAUUCCGCGCGAAGGGGAUGGGUCCGAAUGUGCGAAUGGGGAAUGCGCAACCACUGCCCCCUUCUAUGGGGGGUCCAAACCCAGGCUUCAAGGGACAAGGAUUUGCAGUACCUUCCACGGCGGACCCCAACUACGCAGCUCAGUUCCACAACUUUCAGCAACAGUUGUACGCGACGGGCAGUCGAGCGCAACCGCAGCCGUACCCGUACCAGCCAAACAAGUGAUGGUCGUUGAGGACUGUGACGGUUCAAACGUGAUACGGACACUUUGAAUAUACAACACAUUUUGUCUAAUGAGGACUAAUUAAUUGCCUUUACCCGAAUAUUACCUUUAAUUACGAUUUAUUCUGCGGAUUUAUAGAACGAAAUAAAGCUAGAGAUGAAAUCUAAUGCUAUCUUUAUGUGUCAGUAAACAGUGACAGAUUUGGCAAUAUAUUUUAUCAGUGGUCAAAGAUUAAUAACGUUUUAGAAACCCAACGUUAGAAUCUCGGUUUAGAAAAUUCGUGAUUGUACUCAAGAAUUUUCUAAACUGACUCUUUCUAAUAGAGUGAAUGUAUAGUGUGAUAUUCAAGUAUUGGUUUAACUUUAAAAACCCACAAUUUCUUCACUCAAUCUGAAGUCAAGGGUGUGUUUCCACUGCACUCGGACGAAGUGGCUCAAAAGAUAUAGGCCAGUUUUACUUAAUACUCAAUUCAUUUUCGAAAACAUUAAUUAAUAUGUGCUUAUUUGCAUAAAUCGAUACGCACACUGUUUCGCGUAAUAGUACUACAGAAACACUAUUUAGUGACCAAUAUAACUGGCUUUACAUUAAUAUAGGAUGAAGUAUAUAUUAAAUGCCAAUCUUACCUUUAUUUGCCAGUACCAUGCGUAUUUAUAGCUACAGCUCACGUUCGCACUGUGACUUCGGCAAGUGGAAACGCGCCCCCUUAGCAUGCGACGUACUUAACGUAUGAGCCCAGUGAUUCAUUUGUAUUUUAUCGUGUUUGUGAUUUGUUCGCGUAUUUUUAUGCGAUGUUCGUUGAUGUGUCUCUGUUAAGGAUGUACAAAGUGUACAGAUAGAUGCGUUUCGAACAUUCAGUUGAGUCAUGUCGCCUCUCGUCCGCCACAAGAUCAGUGUUAUCGGUUCCUUUUUGUUUUCCUACGCACACAGUCAUCUAGUCAAUUUGAAAUUAUUGCCCGAUUACGUGUAACUAUUGAGUCCACGAUCUUAUUAUUCUCUUACGACACGGAAGUACAUAAUUAUAUGUAGCAAUUGUUUUGUCCAUUGUUAGUUUUUAAGUUAAUCGUAUUAGGGAAAUUGGUUUUAUAUUUAAGUUUGAGGCCGCCGCCUACGCUCACGGUACUGAUUUUAUACUUCAUUUUUAUUUCUUUUUUUAUUGAUCUGAUAGCAAUUUUUUUCUGUCUUCCAUGUUUUAUAGACUUACAGUGAAUCGCGACUUAUCGAUUGUAAUAUGGAACAAUUUUAGCUAUUGUUAGUCAUACUUUAAAGUACUUAAAACUGAUGCCAUAAUUUGUAGCCACAUUUUGUUUCGUGAUAUUUUGAACUUUAUUAUUUAUUGUCCCUCGAACGAUAUUACUUGUGGGCUACUGCGUACUGGCUCUGUUGUGUUCAGUAGUAGACACAGUCGCUACUACAACAAGAUAUUACGCACUUGGCCCACUGAACCUGUUUUGUAUUAUAAGGUGAUGUUAAAAUUAGAUUAGGUAAGCACAUUGUGGAACUCACAGUGGCCUUUACAGAGUGCUUGAAACCGGCACGCCUCACUCACUACAAACUAUUGAGAUUACUAAAGGCUCAGCUAUGUGGAUAGCUCAUAGACGAAUUACUCCCGACUAGCGAUGACGAUAAUAGAAAUCGACAAAUCAGUCUGAGGUCUUUUUCUCGCCCAAUCUACACCAAAUCUCAUUCCAUAUCAUUUUUAAAAUUUAAAUUGCAUAGGCAAGGACAAAUCAGUCGAGUAUCUAGGCAUAGGGUGUAGCGUUUUAACCAAAUACCAUAAUUUAAAAUGCAACUAUUAUUAAGACAAAAAUCGACAAUCUAAAACAUUUCAUGAACUAUCUCUGAGCAAGAAGCGCUCCGCCUUUCGCAAAAAAUGAUGCGGAAAAAGAAUGGAGUAAGGGUACUGUCAGACAAACGACAAAAUAAAAUAGUCAUUAGAACAAAUAUAAUUAAAAGAUGUUCUUAUGAAGAAAUUGUAAACCACUUCAAUGCUCCUCAAGUUAGUUAAUCGACAGUACCGUACAGAUUCCUUAAAAUAUAUACAUGCAUCUUUUUUAGUUAUUACCGGCUUUGAGAACAAGAUAUAUUAUCCUGAAUGCAUAUCACCGCAGAUGAUGUUAUAAAAACAACAUGGCGCGUAACCGAAAAUCGUGACGAUUUGUUAAAAUUUAUCUCAUACGUCGAUAAGGAGUUUCACUUCAAUAAUUAUACAUUAAUUUAUUUUAUGAGUCACGGGUUGGUGUUCUUCGUAACACACACACAUUUAUUUCUACUAUCGUUAUCGAUAAUCGAGAUAGUGUAGGCCAGCAGCACAAGUCCGUACGGAACACGCGAUAGAAGUUAGAUAGUCUUAAUUUAUAUGUAAUUAUUAAUAAGUAAGGUAAAGAAUGGUUCUUGUUGUAGGCUAAGCGGAGCGAUGACAUAGUUUGUGUAAUAUUUAUAUAAGAAAUGAAAUUAAGAUGCAAACUAUUGGUUGUGAUUCAGACACAAUUUGUUGUUUACCACGGGACUGUGGGAUGUUUGUUUCUUAAGACCCCUUUUUUAUUUUGAUUUUUUUUACAUUGUCUCGUUUGUACAUCACUAACAAUUAUUGUACAGAGUAAUUUUGGACUUAAUUUAAGGCAAUAAAUGUAUUUAUUUUAUAACUCGUGAUGUAAGAAUUUAUUCUUAAUUAUUAUAAAAAAAAUAUAUAAUAUGCUUGUA